AUGACUAGAAAUAUUAUAGUUUUUAUUUCUGGAAAUGGUUCAAAUCUUCAAGCGAUAAUUGACUCGGUAAAAAGUGGAACUCUUGAUUGUAAUAUUUUACUGGUAGUUUCCAAUAGAGGCUCAGCUUAUGGAUUAACUCGAGCAGCUCAAGCAAAUAUUCCAACAUUGAUAUUUUCUUUAAAACCUUAUAAAGAUGCAGGAAAAUCUCGAAAUGAAUAUGACGAGGAUCUUGCUAAAAAAAUAAAAGAAUACAAUCCAGAUUUGAUAGUUCUUGCGGGUUGGAUGCACAUUUUAUCAAUUAAUUUUUUAAAAUAUUUUGAUAAUAUCAUCAAUUUACACCCAGCUUUACCUAAUAAUUUUGAUGGAGUGAAUGCAAUUGAACGUGCUUACAAUGCUUUUAAAAAGGGGGAAAUAACCAAUACUGGAGUAAUGGUACAUAAAGUAGUUCCUGAUGUUGAUAAAGGAGAACCAUUACUAAUCGAAGAAGUCCCAAUAUUAGAAUCUGAUACGUUGGAUGAUUUAGAAACACGUAUACAUUCGACAGAACAUAGAUUAAUAGUUCAAGCUGUCAAGAAAUUUCUAGAUGGUUUAAAUCAACAAAUUUAA